AUGAAACUUAUCGUCACCGGCGCAACCGGAUUCGUCGCCACCGAGCUGCUGCGCCAGGCGGCCAAGCACCCCGCCAUCACCAGCGUGGUCACGGUUUCGCGAUCGCCAGUCACGAUUCCCGAGGGCGUGCCCGCGGGCAAGUUCACGAGCGUGAUCGUGCGCGACUACGACCAGUACACCGAGGAGGCGAAGCGCGCGUUCGCCGGCGCCGGCGCGUGCAUCUGGACGGUGGGGCUCACGUCGCGCAGAUACGCCGAAAUGGACCACGCGGAGGCCACGCGCAUCUGCCACACGGCCACGCGCGUCGGGCUGCAGACGAACGCGGCGGCGGCCCCUGCGACGCCCUUCCAGUUCCUCUACAUGAGCGGGGGCUCGGCCGUCCGGGACCAAAGCACGAAGCUGGAAGGACCCCUUGCCCGUUUCUACCUCAUGCGCGGCGACGUCGAGAAUCUCGUCCUUGCCUUCGCUGCGGAGCAAGACGGCUUCAAGGCGGGCUCGGUGAGGCCGGGACUGAUGAAGAUGCGCGCCCAGUUGCCGGAGAUACUGCCCAUGGCAGAGAAGAACGGCUUGCCGACUAUCGCCCUCGAGGACUGCUGCAGCGCGAUGCUGGACGUGGUUAUCAAUGGAUUCGAGAAGGAACCGCUGAAUAACGACGAUCUCCAAGCUAUCGCGGACCGGGUCGCCGCCGCAUAA